AUGUCGGAUCGGUGCAGACCGCAUACAUACUUCCAGCCAGGAAUUGCGCAGAGCGCUGACUCCAUUUUUCUUUUUGACGAUACUUUAGGCUGCAUUACUUGUAAGGCAAAGAGACUAAAAUGUGACGAGUCGAAGCCAACCUGUCUCCAAUGCAAGAAGCGCAACGUGGAGUGUGGAGGUUACAAAAAGGACUUUAAAUGGCGUCCAUUCGAAGAAACCAAUGUGGUCAGCAGGAUUUCAUCUAUUCAAGGCAAGAAGAUUGAUCCGGCUACGUCAGGCAAAGAAAGGAGGGCCAGUCGUUCAGAGCAGGCGGACAAGGAUCGUCAACCUUCGCCAGCUAGCGCUCGAUCGUCCGCACUGACGGCAUCCUCUCUGGAAUCGAAUGAUGUUGCACCCAUUCAUACACUCCAGCCAGGCGAUUCUCCUUCCACCGACUCAAGUACAGUUGCAUUGACCCAGGAAAACCUCAUAUCCUGGAACGGUGGCAGAGUUCAUUCCCUGGAUUUCAGUAACGCUGAAGAUGAGCUCUUCACGCCAUUUUUUACAGAUAGUUCACCACUGGAACAGUCUCCGUGGCUGUCCGAUAUUGUACCCUCCACUGCGGAGACCCAUACAAGCCCAGGACGGAGGCCACUAGGGCUGGCUUCGCAGAACACAGCUCUUCGACCGGGCUACUUGAGUUUUGCAGCACUUCUUGAAGAAGAUAAUGAUAGAAUAGAAGAAAUAGCCCGCCAUUCAGAUGAGUAUAUUGAUCCGUGGCUGGUAGGAUUUUCCGAUGGCAGGACGCUCUCCGAGAACUUGAAUACGCCCGCUGUGCUGACCAAAGAGCCAAAUUUCGAUAUUGCCAGUCCCGAGAUGUUGGUACUCCAAUUUGACAGGUUUACUUGCGGGAUUUUGUCUGUCAAGGACGGGUUACAAGAAAACCCGUGGAGAACUCUGAUAUGGCCUCUGGCUGGAGAGACUCCCGCCUUGUACCAUGCGAUAUUCUCUAUGACGGCUUUCCAUUCAAGCAAGGAAAAUCCUGGACUAAGAAUGCACGGGGUGGAUCAUAUGAGACGAAGCAUUACUUACAUGGUCCAAGAUAUACAGAACAUGCGGACAGAUGCUGCCUUAGCUACAAGCCUGGCACUGGCAUUCGCGGACACAUGGGACCAACACACCCGUACCUGUAUUCAGCAUAUACGCGGGGCCAAGGCACUCGUAUCGCAAGUCCUGGGCUUCAAGGUCCGGAACGCAAAUGACAUUGAGAGGAUCCGGUUUCUAUAUAACACCUGGUUGUAUAUGGAUGCAAUCGCACGCUUAACCUCUCGGGAUGAUGAGGGAGAUCAGGAUAUGAACUUCUCGAUCUUCCAGCUGCCCCGGAAUGCCGUUCAUGAGAUUGACCCAUUGAUGGGCUGCGCCACUACGCUCUUUCCACUUAUCAACCAGGUCGCCAGGCUAAUCCAACGGGUUCGGAAGACGGAAUCAAAUUCAAUUUCCCUUGUCUCUCAGGCUAUCGAGCUCAAGAGACUUAUCGAGCAAUGGGAACCACCGGAGUGGUUCGUGCCGCCGGAGGACCCAACAUCCGAAGUACAGCACAGCAUCCAGACGGCACACGCCUAUCGUUGGGCAACUUUAUUGUAUCUUCAUCAAGCAGUGCCAGAAAUGCCGUCAGAGCCAGCUGCUGACCUGGCCAAGCGUGUAUUGAUAUUGCUGGCUACUGUUCCUUCGGGUUCCCGAACGACGAUCGUUCAGAUGUUCCCUCUUAUAGCAGCUGGAUGUGAGGCAGAACCAGGAGAGGAUCGCCAGUGGGUUUUGGGUCGAUGGAGAGCCAUUCAGUCUCGUCUCAUGCUAGGGUCCAUCGAUCGAUGUAUUGAAGUAGUCCAGGAGGUUUGGUCUCGUCGUGACGCCAUUGAAGCAGAAAUGCAGCGACGCCGCCAGCGCCUGCUCAGCAGCCCCAAUUCUCAGACCAAAGCCGGGGCGCCGGGACGGAGCGGACAGAGUUUAACAUCUCAAGAAACGAAGGAACGACUCGUCGGCGGUCCCGCUAUUCCUUCUGACCUAGCAGUAUCGUCUAAGCCCCCAUUUGUAGGCACUCGAAGAAGCUCUGCUGUGUCGCCGUUGGAAAACUUCGAGUUCGAGAAAACAGUUAGGGGUAGAUUACAUUGGGUCAGUGUCAUGCAAGAAUGGGAAUGGGAAGGUCGAGAUGCAGCGAAGUCAUUGCUGGCUAGAUACGAUCGGAGGGAAGCCAGAUAUGACUCGAGGUCGCUCGUGAUCUUGACGGUUGACAUUCUGACGCAGGAGGCAGGCAUAUACUUGUUGGAACCUUCAACGAAUGGGGAUUUCGGUAGCGGUAUGAUCCAGGGAUGA